GGCCCUUACACGGGACGCCGGCCGCCCGGCAACGGGAUGGCGUCAGCUCCGGGGCGGGCCCGGAAGAGGCGGUUGUUAUGUUGAGCCGCCAUGGUGUGCGAGAAGUGUGAGAGGAAGUUGGGCACGGUGAUCACUCCUGAUACGUGGAAGGAUGGGGCGAGAAACACCACAGAAAGCGGUGGCCGAAAGCUGAACGAAAACAAGGCAUUGACCUCAAAGAAAGCAAGGUUUGAUCCUUAUGGAAAGAACAAAUUUGCAAUAUGUCGAAUUUGUAAGAGUUCUGUCCAUCAGCCUGGGUCUCACUACUGUCAAGGAUGUGCCUAUAAAAAAGGCAUCUGCUCAAUGUGUGGCAAGAAGGUGUUGGAUACGAAGAACUACAAGCAAACUUCUGUCUGAUUACAUUGAUCAGUUUUUCAUGAACUUCUGACUUCUGCAUCUUUGUACAUUUACCUUUGUCCAAUAUUGUUGAUGAAUAUUACUUCCUGGAAGAUAAUACACUUACUUGGGAUGAGUUUAGGGGAGAAGACAGCCUGGUUGUUUCUGUAGAAAUGAACACGGUAUUUGAUUUUUGUUGUUGUGGCACUAACAUUAAUAUUUAAGGAGUAAUGGUUUGUAGCAGCUGAUACAGCUCAUAGUGAUAGGUUGAAACUAUGUUACUAUCAUAUCAGAUCCUUGAGGUGAGCACUUACUGUUCUGUUGUCCUGUCUUGAAUCUUCUGCUUGUGUGGUGGUAAUACUUAAUGGAUGCAUAAAAUAUGAGCUUAUAUCACAUCUUUAAAAUACCAUCAUUAAUUAGUUCUGUGCUUACAGGUAUUUAUAUUUUUGCUCAUCCCUAACUAUUAUGUCCUGCACUUUGAAGUGCUGCUUUUCAGAGCUUAAUUCCAUUGUUCUGAUCCAACAGUAGUGUCUGUUGAAUCGAAAGCUGUUAAACUACUGAAAUGCAGUGUAUUGCUGCAAAAGUAAGAACUGGCAGAGUAAGAUUGAUUAGCUAUUCCCUUGUCCAAUCCCAAGCAGAUUUUGCAUACAGCAUCUGGUGGCCCAAGGCAAUAAAAUAAUGAGCAUCACUUUCUCA